UCGUAAGGUCCCACUACAAGUGUUUAUCAGUACGUUCCUCUAAACGUUACUAAUACAUUUAAAUGUGUCACUUUAUAGUUUCAGAUAUAGCAUUAUCCAUACAUCAAUAAAGAAAUGCAUUAUUUAAGAGUAACUGGUCAGACAUUUCAGAUUAAAAACACCGUGGAGUUGCAAAAAGUUGCAUAAUUACGAGAGGUCUUGAAUGUAGCACAGUUGAGUCUGUUCGAAUCCCUCAGUGCCAGCGCCAGUGGUAAGCGCACUUAAAACCCAAACAAACAUCGAGGGACCUUUUAAUGAAGAAGUUACUACUUGUGAAGAAGAAUAGUUUUGUUAGAGUUUGCAGACUGUAUAUGUAUCUGAUUCAUUCUCUACCUGGGACUAUCUCUCGCUCAAGAAGAUCCAGUCUGUUUCUCUGCAUAUUACCUGUGAGCCAUCAGCAAGAAGAGCGUAACCUGCGCCAAAACCUACUUUUUUGGGGGGGUGAAUCUCAAUCAAAGGAAAGACAAGAACCAUUUGCAGAUCUUGGAGGCACACUCUUUGUCAAAGCACCCAUUUUUCUUGAUUUGAAAGAGAAGCUGAUCAGCUGUCUUCAGUUAGUUUUGAGCAAAAAGGACACCCAUGAAGGCUUUUUUUUACUUUUGACCUUGCAUAUCUAUGAAAUCAGAGCUGUUUGCUACAUCUGCUCCAGUUAAAAAGCAUCAGCUAAGUAAAUGGGCAUCUUACAAAUGUGAUUGUAGAGUUUCUAAAGAGAGAACCGGCAUUAUGGUGCAUUAUUCAGCAAAGUCUGUGUUUCAUUAACCAAAACUGAAAAUGACAGCGAUGUAACAUAGGGCUUUAUCUCCUUCAUUGUCAUGUGACUUUGAACUUUUGGUCAUUAUUUUCCAGGAGUGAAGACAGUCUUUUUCACCAGUUUAAUGAGGUGAACAGUGGUUCUCGGUGACCUCCAUUGCCAAUAAGACUGUCUCUGAAUUCAUUUUUCUUUUCUUGCAUGCGUUCAAGUAGCUCUUAAAAUGAUUCGGUAAAAGGUGGAUCGACUCAAAAGCGUACUGGCACACAGUGUGGCAGGACAACACCAGUCUCCUUUCCUCCAUCUGGUGUCAAAGUGGAACUGCUUCACCACUGCUGUCCAUGUUCCAGGGCAGACCUUUUUCACAGACUUGUUCCUGAUAUUAAAGAGAAGACAGGCUGGCAUUUCCUCACCACUAGGGACUUAUCACCUGUUGGAUCCAUUCAUUUUGCCAAGUCCAAACUGGUUUUGAGUCUUAUUCAUGACAGUACUAGUUAUCGAAUGUAAAACGUCAAAGGAUUUAACCUGCCGGAGGGGGAAAAAAUCUAAACGGUGACUGUGAUCUGAAACAAUAAAAGUCAUCGAAGACGUGAUCGACAGAACAAUUUGGAUUCUGGUUCAAGGAGCAAAAUCCAUCUCUCAUAAGACCUCUGUGCUUCAGCCUCGGAAUCCUCCUUCCUGCUUGGCCAGCUUUCUGGAUCACCAUUCCAGAUCAUUCCUGCAACUUUUCAGUCUCAUUUCCAAGUGUUUCACCCUGGACGAAGGGAUCUGCCUCUGGAGAAAGGGGCUGCACUGUCCUGGUGGAGGUGGACUGGGGGUUUUUGUUGUGCCGCUCCCCAUCUGUCGGUGCACAAACUCUGUGAUCAGUGCCAACAGGCCUGAGGAACUGAGCCCAGCCAGACAGGGAGAGGAGGCGGAGGACUUCAGAGCCAAAGACUCUGGGAUCCUGGCCAUGAGGUUUGAUGCCUCGAUCCACUGACCGGAAACACUGGACCUAAAUGGCGCAGCAUGACUUUGUCCCUGCCUGGCUUAACUUCUCCACGCCCCAGCCUGCCAAGGUAGAGUCCCCUGCUGCCAACCUUGACAAACAAGGUGAGCCACCCCAUCACAGAGAUGGCCGAACUGCUGUGAGCCGCCGCCGCCACAACUCCUCUGAUGGGUUCUUCAACAACGGCUCCCUGCGAGCUCCAGCAGGCGAUGGAUGGCAGCAACCCUCGCUGCUACUGAGGCACGACUCGGUGGACUCGGGGGUGGCCAAAGGGGGACACGGCGGGCUGGCGGGGGGCUCUUGUUGGAAGGAAACACCUAGCUGGCAUGGAGCUCCGCGGGGCGCCCAGGACGGCCACCACCACCAGGGACGCCACCCCAAACGGGGAGGGGGCGACAGGGACAGGCAGGGGGUGCACAGGCAGCGCAACGGAAACUUCCAUCCUCGCAAGGGCACCUCGUAUCAGGACAAGUUUCCCAACGAGGAACGCAAAGACGGCAAGGACGACAAGCUGAAGUUUGUGGAGGAGGACUUUCCUUCCCUCAACCCUGAAACAACUGGAAAGCCCGGGACUCAGACGCGAACAGUCGCUCUCCACGCUGGGGUGUGGGAAAACCCCCCCAGCGGGAAACAGAUGGUCUCCAAAAUGUUGGUCAUCAAGAAGGUUUCCAAGGAGGACCCGAGCACCGCCUUCUCUGCGGGGUUCGCCACUGCCGGCGCCUUGCCCACCAACGGCAGCAAAGCCCCCCUCACAGGCUCCAGCGUCUACAAGAACCUGGUCCCCAAGCCCGCCGUGGCCCCCACCAAAAGCGCCCAGCGGAAGUCCACCGGCAGAGAGAUCACAAAGUCUGGCCUUCACGUGUCGGGCCGAGAUUCAGUCUUCACCAGCCCCGUCUCUGCAGCCAAACCCAGCCCCCCAGUCAGCGCACCCCAGCACAACGCCCAAAAAGAGGUGAGGAUCCCCCAACGUCCUACUGACACCCCCGCCCACCGACCUUCCUUCAAAUCCAGCUCCAGUUUUAAACCCGACUCCUCUGUGCAACACCCCCUCCUCCCCCCUGCCCCCCCGCAGCAGCACCCCUCCAGCACGACCCCUCCCAUCGACAUCGCCCCAUCCAGGCUGAAGCUGAUGCGCCGCGGCCCCGACCGGAAGAGCGAGUUCCUGCGAGCCCUGAAGGACGAGGGCACCGGAGAGCUGACCACCAGCAGCAGCCCCGGCACGUCGGGAGAGGUGGGCACCAGUGUGGCUGAGGGCGACAGCAGCACGCCGGAGCCCAAAGCCUACAGCGAGGAGGUCUGCCACGAGAACGAGAACGACGACAACUUCCUGCCUCUGACGGAGGACGAGCUGAGAGAGUUCCAGACUAAAACCGAACAGCUGAAGAAGAACGGCAUGCAGAGGAACGGGGUUCUCCCGCGGACACGGGGCGUCACCCUCCACUUCACCCCCUGGCGGAGUGUGGCGGAGGCCCGCGUGGAGGAGGGCUCCGAGUCCGAAACCAGUAGCAGCAGCCAGACCUCCGACGACGACGACUGCAUCAAAUCCUAACGUGGCUUUAUGGAACAAACGAAAAUACAAACAAAAAAACACAAAAAAAACAGCCAACACCACAUCCCGGCAAGCAGCCCCCCCCCCCCCCCUC